GCAAAAUGUGCUAGAAGUACUCACUUCGUAAAAUGAACGAUAGGCGGUUGUGUGAGGAUCGUGCUUUAUUGUUGACAUCAGGAAGAAAUUAUUUUUAAGUGUUUUCUUUACUGGUUUGUUUUUAUUAUUCGUCUGCCAAAUCUUUAUGGUUCGACGACCUUCUGAAAUUUUCUUCUGGAAAUAUAAUUUGUGUUUUAUUUGCAUGUUUUAGACAUGUUGUGAAUAUAUGUUUACAAAAAUCACGUGUUGAUACGCGAGGUGUUAAACGGCAGGCAUGAUGUGGUGCGGCGUGUAGAGGAGGUAUCAAGAAGUUCAUCGUUGAUUUUUUGACAUGGAAGGUAUACCCUCUAAAAUCCUUGAAGAGGAUUCGUUGUCGAAGCGUCUCCGUCUUUCGCUGGAUGUUGGCGUCCAUGGUCACGCCUUCACAAAAUUGCAUCCUAAUUCUUAUUCCACGCACCAUCGCAAUCACAGCUUAGACUGCCGAAUUGGUGACCCUAUACAGCAACAGACUCAUCAUCGGAACAGGAGUCUGGAUUCAGUCCUCCAGCAAAUUCCUGAAAGCGGAUCUUCAAGCUUCCACCAACAACCCCUCCAUUGCCAAGUCUCUAAACUCCAUGACACAAGCAGUGACAGCGUCUCGCUGGACACUCCGCCCUCUUCCGCGAGUCCGUCUUGCCUCAUUCCUGUCCGAGACAACACGGAUCGGACGAGUUUAGCGUCCGACGACAGUGGCAUCUUUAAUUCGGACGAUGGUGAUCGUCAACAUUCUCGGCUGACUCUGGACAUCAGCCACAGUCACAUCCUCAAGCAUUCCUCGACGUGUGAUUUGCCCAAAGAUAAUUUAGUUGUCGACAUGGCCGAGGAGGCUGUGGAUGAUUUAGUAUGUGAUAAUGAGACUGAUAGACUCACGAACUCGAAUGAGUCGUUAGAUUCUAAUGCUAAAGUUGUGAUGUUUUCUAAACCGCCACCCAAAGAGUCGCUCUUACUUCGGUUGUUUGAAUCUACUUUGUUUGAUAUGUCUAUAGCGAUUACUUAUCUCUUCAAUUCUAAAGAACCUGGAGUACAGACGUACUUGGGCAAUCGAAUGUUCACUUUCGAUGAUCAAAGUGUAGAUUUCUACUUGCCGCAACUUGUGAGCUUGUACGUCCACCAUUCCGAUAUAGCCGAAGCUAUUCAUCCAUACCUUGUGUACAGGUGUCGAAAUAGUAUAAAGUUUUCACUACAGUUAGCAUGGUUACUACAAGCAUUUUGUUCUGAAAAUACGCCGUCCCGUAAAAAGUCUCAAGGCUCAAAAUUGAAGAAAUUAAUUCUUUCUGAAGAAUUAAGGCCAAAGGAACCUAUCAUUCCCUGUCCACCUGCAAGCUCUAUUAUAUCACCUAAAAAGACUCAUCAAAGAUCUUUUUCAGAUGCUACCGGUUUAGGCGGUAGCAAUGCUAUGAGAAGAAGUGCUACAUUAGGUGGCUUAAGUAAACAUGCUCCUAAAGAUCUUGCAUCGGGUCAAGCUUUUGAUAAUGGAUGUAAAUGUUUUGAAAGCUGCCAAAGUAUAUGCAGUGAUUUGAGAGGACAGAUUGUUCAUUGUCAUUGCCAGGCUCCUCGUUUAAGUGCUGAGCAAGACUUUGUGCAAGCAUUAAUGUCUAUCGGGCUGCGUUUGCAGCCGGUCUUAACUAAAGAAUUAAAAACUCAAAAGCUUCAAGCAGAGCUAUCAAUGUUAAAUCUAAAUUUACCAGCUCGUGUUUGGCUUCCAAUUCAUGCAGAAACUACUAAACACUUGAUUUUACGGAUCCCGCCUCAAGCAUCUGUGGUUUUAAAUUCCAAAGAUAAAGCACCAUAUCUUAUUUAUGUUGAAGUCAUUGAGGUAGAUAAUAUUCACUGUGCACCUGUUCCUCCAAAAAUGAUAAAUGCCCUGAGGCAGACACGCUCUGAAGAAAAUCUUCCAGAUUAUUUUGACACUCAAGAUUUUAGUGGGGUAUCUUUUUCUGUUCAUCCUGCUCUUGAUGAUGAUGGGGACUGCUGGACUCAAGAAGAUGACGCUAUUUCUAUGCAGUAUGCUUCCUGUACUAAACCUAAGGAUCGAGAUGCCCUUUCUCAGAUGUCUCAAGACAGUGGUACUAGUGGAGAGCCAACUUUUGUUGCUGCUGGUGACAUUAGGAGAAGACUCUCUGAAAAUAUAAAUGCACCAAAAAGUACUUUUAAGCGUGAUCCAGAAGAUCCUUCAGCUGCAGCACUGAAGGAGCCUUGGGAAGAAAAAGUGAGGCGCAUUAGAGAAUCCUCCCCUUAUGGUCAUCUUCCUAACUGGAAUCUUCUCUCAGCCAUUAUCAAAUGUGGUGAUGAUCUGAGACAAGAAUUAAUGGCCUAUCAGCUAUUAGCCACUUUGCAGAAAAUUUGGGAAGAUGAGAGGGUGCCUCUUUGGGUUCGACCCUACCGUAUAUUAGUCACAUCUGAUGAUAGCGGCAUGAUUGAACCCAUUUUGAAUACAGUAUCUUUGCAUCAAGUCAAAAAACAUAGCAAGAUGUCUUUAUUGGAAUAUUUUCUUCAAGAAUUUGGCUGUGGAACCUCUGAAGACUUCUUGACAGCUCAGCGAAAUUUUGUGCAAAGCUGUGCUGCUUACUGCUUGGUGUCAUAUCUAGUCCAAGUAAAAGAUAGGCAUAAUGGCAAUAUUCUUCUAGAUGGGGAAGGCCAUAUUAUACAUAUAGAUUUUGGAUUUAUAUUGUCAUCUUCCCCAAAAAAUUUGGGCUUUGAGAACUCUCCUUUUAAACUUACCCAAGAGUUUGUUGAUGUAAUGGGUGGACCUGGCAAUGAUAUGUUUGAAUACUUUAAAAUCUUGAUGCUUCAGGGGUUGGUUGCAGCUCGUAAACAUUGUGAGCGUAUCAUCACACUUGUUGAAAUUAUGCAAGCCUCCUGCCAACUUCCAUGUUUUAAGAACGGUGCUAGUGCUAUUCGUGCGCUUAGGGAACGGUUCCACAUGGGUCUAACUGAAGAACAACUUCAACUACUGGUUGACAGUAUGGUUGAAUCCAGCAUGCACUCCAUUACCACUAAAUUGUACGAUGGAUUUCAAUACUUUACCAAUGGAAUCCUUUGAAAUUAACAGUUUCUUCCAAUUGAAUGAAGUGCACUUUAAAUAUGUAAUCAUCUGGCUCUUGUUGUGUUAGUAGUCAGCUUCAAUUUGAAUGAUAUGUAUUAUAUAAAAACAAUUGUAUUUUAUGCUGUAAAUUGCGCUGAUGAACUUUUUGACUGCUCUUAAAGUGAUUUCUUAUUUUUUUAAUGUUAAUAUAUCUGUGUCAUUAUAUAUGAGAAAAUUUUUAAGGGUUCAUUUUUUGCUUUGGAUUUGGAUUAGAUGUGUUGAUACUUUUUUUUUUUUAAUCAAAAAGUUUUAAUUCUUCCAAUGAAGUAAACCCCCACAUGUUUUAUGAAUUUAAUGUAUGUGAAGUGUAAGUUAUUGUCGUGUGUGAAAUUUCCAAAGUUUAUAUGAGAGCUAUGCAUUUCUGACUGAUUUUCAAAAACAAAAAAUUUAGAAAGUUGUUUGGAUCAGUGCAAUCUAAAUAGUAUUGAAAAUAAAAUAAGAAAAACUUCUGUUUUCCAGGAACAAUCGAAAUAUCCAGGAAAAUAUUCUGUUUCUUUAACAUAAAAAUUUUAUACAAUUUUCAUUGUGUCAUAAGUUGGAUUAUAAAGUUCUCUAUUCAAGUUAAUUUUAAAGUAACAUAUACAGGGUGUUUCGUAAACAUCACCCAUGAUACAUAUAUUAUGAACCCUGGGUAAAAAUAAAAACAUAAGUUUACACUUUGGGGACCACAAAUUAAUAAUUAAACAAGGAAAAAUAUGAAAACACUAUCGAAACACGCCAAAUCAUAUUUGAGGAUAGCACGUGUCAAAACCUGUUUCAUUUUGGGAGAAAACAUAAGUUGAAAGAUGUUAAUUAGUAAUACCUUCUAGUUUCAACCUGCAAUCAAACAGAUUUUGAUGCACUGUUUACCCACCUUCCUUAACUGUGAUUUGUCAGAUUUCAAUAUUGUCUUUUUUCUUUGCCAUAACAUUAAUUGGCAACUUUUAAUGCAUAUUGACUAUAAUAUUGAUAAAAAUUCUUAAAAUAUAUAAGGUCAGCCUUACCAUAACCCCUAUAAUUGUUUUUCUUAUACAUAUUCAACAAAGUGAUUUUCAUACUUAUAAUAAUUAUGCAACUUUAUACCAGAGUUAAUGAAAACUGUUUUCACUGAAAUUUCUGGUUGAAGCAUUUAACCACUAAUUUAUAUAAUUCUAUUAAGGUUUCUGGUUGAUUGACAUCACAUCUUGAAUUAAUGAAAUUUUUUUUAUCCAUUAUUAAACUUUCAUGUUUUAAGUAUUAAUUUGUUUUAUAAAUAUGUAUGACUCUUUGGUUAAAAACCAUUUUUUUACCUUAUAAGGUUUAUUAAAGGGUUAAUUUAUAUACUUAAGAUAAUUUGAGUCAUUAAACUAUCUAUAAAAUAUUCAUUACAAUUUUUCUUCCAUCUAAUAUUGCAAUAAUCCAAUAAAUAGGGCAAUAAGUAGGUUUAAUAGGUAUUAACAAUUUUAAAAUAACCAAAUGCAACAUUUAGAGUUGUAGCCGUUUUUAUUGUAUGUUAUUCAUGUGAUAAUUUAAUACAGAAGAAUACAAGUAUUUAUUAGUCACUUUUUAACAAAUAUUGCAGGUUAACGAAAAUAGAUUGUUUUUUAAUUUUUUUUGCAUGCAUUUUUGACUAUUUGUUGAUAUUUUAUGAUUCUAAUUUAUAUAGUAUUUUGAUCUCAAUACCAUUGUUUUACAAAAAUAUAUUUAUAAAAGCUUGUAAAGACCUAAUAGUAUGUAAAAAGUAUUGUACAUAAUAGUGUGACUUUAAAAUAAAUGCUUCUGAAGAUUAUUUUCAGUCUCAAUUAAAAUAAAGCACUUCCUUGGUAUAUGUAUUCUGUUAAAAAACAUUAUUCAUAUAUUUAGAGUGUAAUUUUUUGUACAUAUGUUAUUGAUAAUGUACCUUAAAGAUCAAAUAAAUUCUUAUAUAUAUAUUUA